AUUCUUGGAUCUCUUGUUCAGGCCAGGUUUGCACAGAGAGGCAACGAAUACCAGCCAUCUCAGCGGAAAAGAAAACGCAAGCACGGUUUUCUCGCACGGAAGAGAUCCCUUGGGGGUCAGAGGAUCCUUUCUCGACGCCUUGCAAAAGGUCGAAAAUAUCUUUCACAUUGA